AUGCUGGUGCUGGCCAGUGUAAUGCUGGCGGUGGCCCGUGUGUUGCUGGUGGUGGUUCGUGUGUUGCUGGCGGUGGCCCGUGUGUUGCUGGUGGUGGUUCGUGUGCUGCUGGUGGUGGUCCGUGUGUUGUUGGUGGUGGCCCGUGUGUUGCUGGCGGUGGCCCGUGUGUUGCUGAUGGUGGUUCGUGUGCUCGUGGUGGUGGUCCGUGUGUUGCUGGUGGUGGCCCGUGUGUUGCUGGUGGUGGUUCGUGUGCUGCUGGUGGUGGUUCGUGUGUUGCUUGUGGUGGCCCGUGUGUUGCUGGUGGUGGUGCUGGCCCUGGCCCUAGCCCGUGUGAUGCUGUGGAGCUCGCACGUGCCGUGA